AUGCAGCAUCGUUAUUCCUUUGAAGACGACGACCAGCCUUAUGACGGAAGGAGGACUCCUGAACAGCUCAAUUCACCAUCACACACACCUUACAAUCCUACCGCACACCCCGACAGCUCUUUCAAUCGUUUAAGAGCUGCACGAAGAUACAGUCGAGAUCGAGAACCUCUGCAAGGUUAUGGAGAGACGAUAACGGCACCACCUCCACCUCCACAUCGCGACCUAGGCUAUACCAAUUCAGCAUACUCCAAUAUCACUCCAGGAGCAGAUAAUUUUGGAGAACAAGCAGCUGGAGGAAUGGCAGGUAUCGCGAUGACGGUCGCAGAUGCGAAUGCGAGGGAGAGUGGUUUGGAAGCCAUGAGAAAUACACCAGGCUAUGAUUCACGAGUGGAGGAAAACAUACCUUUGGAAGAUUCGUUCACUCGACCAACGGCAAGACAUUCGGAGAUGUCAUCAACUUCGUUGACACCUCUAGGUGCAGCAGCUUUCCCUCCAGGUAUGGCGACUCCACAAUCACGAUCCACUGUUUCGCGGUCCCCCCACAGUUUCGAACAUCAACCUUAUGUCGACAACCCUCCCUACAAUGAGUUUCGAUAUUCGAGAAAUGUGGAUCCGAGUUUGACGCAAUUCGAUCCAAAUACUAUUGCAGAUGAUGGUGAUGAUGGAUUGGAAUACAGACAACAGAGUCGUGGAUCGAUGCUGAGCUUAGGUCGUCAUUCUGAUCAUGCUGUCCCUGCUGCUGGAGCUGCUGCUACAGGAGGUGUUUUAGGAGCAUUAGGGGGUUUGGUUGGACGGGCUGGGAGUGGAAAUGCAGCUCCAACAGCAUACGAUCCUGUCAUGAGAGAAGGGGAAGAGAAGAGUGCGUGGUUGAACAAGCAAUCGACAGGGAGUAAGAAGCUGAGGUGGCUCGUUAUUUGCGUCGUUGGAUUUUUGAUCUUGGCAGCUAUUGUAGGUGGUACCGUUGGUGGAAUCCUGGCGUCGAGACAUUCCGGAUCCUCGUCUUCUUCACCUGCUGGACAAUCAGCUGGACAAGAUACAGCGGCCAAUGGCGACCUCAACAAGAAUUCACCAGAGAUUGUAGCUUUGAUGAACAAUCCAGAUCUUCACAAGGUCUUUCCUGGUAUCGAUUAUACUCCGAUGUAUACGCAAUACCCCGAUUGUCUUUCCUAUCCACCAUCUCAGAACAAUGUUACAAGAGAUCUUGCUGUUCUCUCUCAACUCACCAAUACCGUUCGACUUUACGGCACCGAUUGCAAUCAAACCGAGAUGCUUCUUCACUCGAUUGAUCAGCUAGGCUUGAAUGGCACGGUGAAGGUGUGGAUGGGUGUUUGGCUCGAUACGAAUACUACAACAAAUACUCGACAAAUAGCUCAGAUGUAUGAUAUCUUCAAGAAAUACGGCUCAGCAUCGUUUGUGGGUGUCAUUGUGGGAAAUGAGGUUCUCUUUCGACAAGAUAUGACUGUUACACAGCUCGGCGAUGUCAUCACAGGUGUCAAGAGCAAUCUGACGUCUAUGGGCAUCAGUCUUCCCGUUGCCAGUUCGGAUCUUGGAGAUAAUUGGACUGCUAAGUUUGCUGACCAAGUCGAUUACUUGAUGGCAAAUAUUCAUCCUUUCUUUGCUGGAGUUACAGCCGAAGAAGCAGCAGGAUGGACGUGGGAUUUCUGGACUGGACAUGAUACAAUAUUGAAGACUGAUAUCACGAAGAAUGUCAUCUCAGAAACAGGCUGGCCAUCGAUUGGAGGAAUGGAUUGUGGUGCAGCAACGACAUGUACCAAUGGGUCUAUAGCAGGUAUCACAGAGAUGAAUACGUUCAUGGGUGAUUGGGUCUGUGAUGCUCUGACCAAUGGAACGAAUUAUUUCUGGUUCGAAGCGUUUGAUGAACCAUGGAAGAUCGUUUAUGAUACUCCUGGAGAGGAAUGGGAGGAUCAUUGGGGAUUGAUGGAUGUCAAUCGAAAGUUGAAAGAUGGAGUGGUGAUUCCUAGUUGUGGAGGAAAGACGGUUUCGUAA